CAAACGAAAACUUAUGAAGGAAUUAGCUAUACCUAGGAUAUAUACCUACCAGCAACGACAUCUAACCCUUAUGAUUUACGAUAAGAAUGUCACUCCCCACAGGUACACUUCAUGUACAUACCUAUUACAAAGACACACAGGCGCAUACCUGCAUAGUAUUGAGUAGAUCUUGCGCUUAUAGGGCAGGUGGUGGUAACGCACAAGUGCCGAUCUGCCGCCCCCCGAGCUGAGCCCUCGAUCCAAUCACAUCAUCAAUCCCACUGUCAUGUCGUCUCUUGUCCUCCCGCUUGCCCCUUUCAUACACCGCGCUCAUCGGCACCUUUUACAAAUUAGAAGGAGAAUAGUUGGAUAGAGAGCCAGACAAGUAUUACAUAUUCUAGAUACACAGCACAGCGCAUCUCGUCAGAUCGUGCAAUCCGAAAAGGGAAGGCAGCCGUCCAAUCCCCUACCGGGAAUGCUCGGAUCUACUGCACAAGACAGCCUGCCUCUACCAUCCCCUGAGUAAACAGGGCCUUACUCGAUGUCGCGCAGGGACAAGACUUGAUAAUGCCGAAAAAUGCCUGUCACGAAGCCGCUCAUCAUGCACUCCCGUCCACUGGUACGGUCCAUUCGCCUGGUUGACGGCAUCGGAUUGGAUAUCACUCCAUGUUAACUUGCACUUAUGCUUGCACGCUCGGCAUCCUAUCCCUUACCUUCGCAAGCUGUCCUUUGCCGUUCGUCUUACCUAUCCUAUCAGUUUGCUACAACUGUCGUUAGCCGUCUGAUCACCAUGUUUGGCUCCAAAAUACUGUCUACCGUCCUCUUGGCGGCCCUGUCCGUCGCCAGCGUAUCGGCCGUUACCGUGGAGAAGGUCCGCGCCAGACAAGACCAGACCUGCGUCGCGACUUGCGGUUCCGUGUGCUACUACCAGGAGGACCUCGACGAAGCUGUCAAGACCGGAUACGGUCUGCACCAGCAAGGCAAGACUGUUGGCUCCAACGACUACCCUCACGAAUAUGAGGACCGCGAAGGCUUCGACUUCCCGGGCCCGUCGCCGUACUAUGAGUUCCCGAUCUUGAGCAGCUUCGAGCCGUACGAUGGCGGUAGCCCCGGCGCCGACCGGGUCGUCUUCAACGAUGAUGGUGACUUCCAGGGCGCCAUCACGCACACCGGCGCUAGCGGCAACAACUUCGUUGAGUGCACAUAAGGUGUCCGUAGGCUGCUUAACCUAUGAACCUUAUGGGUCCGGGAUUCGGACCGUAUGGGUUGUUGUCGCGUUGGUUUGGUUGUUGAGAAGCACAUUGUAUAUAUUGCGUGCGUAGCAUAGCUUGUAUUUAAAUGUAACAAAUUGUCUACUAUGAAA